AUCGUUCAUUUGCUUCCUUGCUUUUCUAGUACCACUCACAUUUCAACUCUAACCCGAUCCAUCCCAGUCCAGCAAAAAUGUCAACGACUGGGAACCUGCCCUCCGGGUUGAUGCACGACGAUGCCAGCCCGGAAUGGAUGAACAAAGCCGACAAUGCAUGGCAGCUAACGGCGGCAACCCUAGUAGGCCUUCAGAGCGUGCCAGGCUUAGUCAUUCUUUACGGAAGCAUUGUUAAAAAGAAAUGGGCUGUGAACUCCGCCUUCAUGGCCCUAUACGCGUUCGCAGCGGUUCUGGUAUGCUGGGUGGGGUGGGGUUACCAGAUGUCCUUUGGAAAUAAUAAGUUCGCGCCUUUCCUUGGAAAGCCUGGCGUUUCUCUAGACCAGAAGUUUCUGUUGGACCAGGGUUUUGCUGGGAAAUUUCCUAGUGCUACGAUGGUGUAUUUCCAGUUUGUUUUUGCUGCCAUAACAUUGAUUUUGGUUGCUGGAGCGCUGCUUGGGAGGAUGAACUUUCAUGCAUGGAUGCUUUUUGUGCCACUUUGGCUCACUUUCUCUUAUACUAUUACUGCUUAUAGCAUAUGGUGCCCAACUGGGUGGCUGGCUAAAAUGGGAAUUAUAGAUUACUCUGGAGGAUAUGUCAUUCACCUUGCAUCUGGGGUUGCUGGUUUCACUGCAGCCUUUUGGGUAGGACCAAGGGCAAACAAGGACAGAGAAAGGUUCCCACCAAACAACAUCCUUCUGAUGUUAGCAGGUGCAGGGCUGCUUUGGAUGGGUUGGUCUGGAUUCAACGGUGGAGAUCCUUACAAUGCGGGUAUAGAUGCAUCUCUGGCCGUCCUUAACACCCAUGUGUGCACUGCUACUAGCUUGUUGACCUGGCUCUUUCUUGACAUCAUUUUCUUUGGGAAACCCUCCGUCAUCGGAGCCACACAAGGCAUGAUCACUGGCCUAGUUUGCAUCACUCCUGCUGCUGGAGUUGUGCAAGGUUGGGCAGCAAUCCUGAUGGGGCUAAUGUCAGGAAGCAUCCCAUGGUACUCAAUGAUGGUCCUGCACAAGAAAAUAUGGCUACUAAAGCAAGUAGAUGAUACAAUGGCAGUUUUUCACACUCAUGCUGUUGCUGGAAGCUUGGGAGGAAUUCUCACUGGAUUUUUUGCAGAGCCCAAGCUGAACCGCAUCUUCUAUUUAGUAGAAACUUGGGAACACUACAUAGGCCUUGCUUAUGGUCUCCAAACAGGCAGAACCAGUGCAGGUUUCAAACAAAUGGGAAUCCAAUUACUUGGGAUUCUAUUUGUUAUCCUUCUUAAUAUUUUCACCACUAGUGUUAUCUGUUUCUUGAUAAAAUUUGUGAUUCCUCUGAGAUUGUCUGAUGAUGAAUUGCAAACUGGGGAUGAUGCAAUUCAUGGAGAAGAGGCUUAUGCUUUGUGGGGAGACGGGGAGAAAUAUGAGUCCAGGCAUAAUUCUGUUUAUGAUCAAGAAUUUCCUCAAGUGGCUGCUAAAACUGGAGGUGCUGGUGAAGUUGAAAUGGCCUAAUUAACAAGUGUUGUUUUUUUUUUAGUUUCUUUCUUUGUUUGUUUGUUCACUUAAGAAGUGAUUUUUCAGUACUGAUUUAAUGCAAUAAGACACAGAACGUAUCCUUA